ACAUAAUCAAAUCUUUUCUUACCCGAACGACCACCAUUUGCCGCCCUUCCCCUCGUAUACCAUGGAUGCUCGUUUAAGGCGUGUCAACAAGGAAAUUCAGGACUGCAAGAACGACAGGACUUCAAAUAUCUCACUAGACCUAAUCGAUAACUCUCCUUUCCAUCUCAAAGGAUCCUUUCCUGGACCAGAAGGAACACCAUACGCAGGAGGCCAUUUCGAAGUUGACAUCAUCAUUCCCGACUCAUACCCCUUCCAACCUGUCAAAAUGAAAUUUAUAACGAAGGUCUACCACCCCAACAUCUCCUCCGCAUCCGGUGCCAUCUGUCUCGACAUCCUCAAAGACGCCUGGUCACCCGUGCUAACUCUCAAAUCCACGUUGAUCUCGUUACAGAGCUUGUUGUGCUCUCCGGAACCGAACGAUCCCCAGGAUGCAGAGGUGGCCAAGCAUUAUACGACUUCGAAGAGCAGUUUUGAUGACACAGCGAGGUAUUGGACGCACAUCUAUGCCGGUGGGCCUGGAGUAGGACGUGGUGGAGGGAAAGGGGCUGGUGUUGCUGCUGCUGCUGCUGCUGCUUCGGGUGCCGGUGUUGGUGUUAGUGUUGACAUGAAAGACGAAGUUGCGAUUGCAGGGUUGGAAAUGGCACAUGUGAAUCAAUUCGAGGCGUUAGGGUUUCCGAGGAACAAAGUCAUCGAGGUACUGAAGAGAAUGAAUUAUCGAGGAGCAAACGUUGCACAGAUAUCAGAAGAUCGUAUAGUCGAAGAAUUGCUCAAGUAAAAUUGUUGUUAUCUUGCUGUUCGGAAUUCAUUGCUCGUUUUACCCAUAA